AUGUCUUUCGAUUCAUUUGAUUUAUCUGAAAUUUUAGAAAUAUUAGAAGCCCUUGACCGUCCUUUUUAUGAUUCAGUUAUCUAUCCUCCCCCUCCAGUUAUCUAUCCUCCCCCUCCAGUUAUCUAUUCUCCCCGUCGCUACCAUCCUAAAAAUGCUUUUAUUACAAAUUACUCCUUUAUAGAGCCUACCGAAUUUUCAUU